AUGCUUUUCUCAUACUACACACAGCUCCUGGCGGCUUCAACUGCCAUGUUGAUUGGUGGUGCUCUGGCUACAUCUGAUUAUCACCCAGUGCCAACCUCCACCGAGGUCACCACAACCAUCACAACCACUGUAAGGACUACUGUGACCUCUACAUCCACUACCAUAGCGACCAGCACCCGUGGUGUUCCCUGCCCCACUGGCGAGGCCGGCGUCAUGAAUUUCGAUGACCUCGAAACCGACGGUGUCUCUGCCCUCCCACUCGAGUACCAAGACUUCAAAUUCUCUGGCUCCGCCGGCUGGCAAUACUUCUCCAACGUCUCAUACCCAGCCAACAGCACUGAGCUUCGUAGCAUUGGCAGCGCCCCCAACGCCAUCCUCUCCCGCUCGUACGGGCUCGUUUCCUUCGGCUCUGAGGACCGUGGGUUCUCGUUCGACCUAACGUCUGUUUCGUUCUUUGCAUUCACGGCUAAGGAGGCAACUACCGCAAACACGACACAGACACUGCUGGUGGAGAUUGGGGUUACGAGGGCAGACACUUCAACCGACGUUUACUAUCUCCAUACGCAGAAUGGAGCUCUGAAUGCUACGGCGGCGGCGGAGAAGGUUGAGUUGGCACACAUUGGUGACUUUGAGGACCUGGUAGAUGUGUCAGUUGCGGUGUGGCAGAGCUUUGAUAACAGCACCAGGGAGGGCAACCCGGCGGCCUUUGUGCUCGACGAUAUUGCGUAUGUCAAGAGGCCGGAGUGCGCUUCUGAGGAGGAGGCGGAUGUUGAUGCUCCGGUUGUUUAA